AUGGGGAGGACUGGUUCGAGGCCUACCAUCCACUCUGUCCUGCACACCUCACAGGCCAUCCGAGCACAUGUGCUCCUCGAGGUAGUGAGCUGUGGCCAGGGGCGGCUGAAGGGUGGCGACGUCAAGCCCGCCGCACGGCCUGGGCCGCCUGACGACUUGGCGUUGGGGCAGGGGCAGGCAGACGAUGUCGAGAUAUUCAACAAGCCAACGCCGACGGGCGACCAUGGACCGCCACCAGCAGACCAAUUCACCCUGAGCAAGAUCAUCUACUCUUUCCGUCAAAGAGGAAACAAGAACUCCUUGAGCGGUGAGCCACCACCAUUUACGUGGUGGGUACUCGCUUACGACUACGUCGGGGUCGGCCAUGGUAACGAGCGGGUGCCCGAUUCCAUCACCGGGCAUCCGACGUUGUCACUGCGGGGACGGGGCCGUCCUAAGGNCUGCACAAGUUCCGGCUCGCAUUACCGGGGUCCAGCAACGGCUGCGACAAGUACCUCUUGAACGAGGUACACCACAGCAUCAACCAAGACACAUUUGCCUGAACGAUCUUGGAGUUCUUCGAGGAAUACCAGCGAAGUUUUUCGAGGGCAGCGAUUCGGCACGGUCAACAACAAAUGCUGGUGUGGAGGCCUAACGAUGGCCGGCCUUCGGCUUAUAGGUGUAUAGGUGUGCGUCUGAAUGUGGUGUUCACAGCUAGCUGCAAUGCCGGAGAUAAUGGGGUGGGGAGGCGGGGCGAAACCCUCACGCGUCGAUGCCAACUGUGUUGAGGGUCUCGUAUAAGAGUGAAGGUGCAAACCACGGCUUUAUAUAGAUUUGUCCCCUUCUGUAAGUACAUCACCGCCUUGGAGAGGAGGGUUACGAGUUCAUCGAUGAACUUGCGACACAUACCGUGGGAGGAAGGAACGAACGGAGGAACGAUGGAUCUGAAAGGAGUCUUCAAGGAACGACUUCUUCAGAUCGUUCGGUGGCUACACGGUGGCCAUAUCUCGGCGAGUGCAGAGGUACAAGCUCGCAUUGCGCGGGCGUCAAGACGCCGAAAACAGGCGAACAAGAUCGACCUCGAACCAGUCAACGCCAAUGAUAUGGGGAUGGAGUGUAGACGCAUCGUAAAACGCGUUUUCGUUUGAAGUUGACGUUUUCCUUGAGAGUAGAUGUGACAGAUUUGCGUCGAAUAGGUANUCAUGAACAGAGAAGAAAGGGCUUUUCCAACACGGAAAUGUAGCAUGGAUCAAAGCAUUUGUUGGAUUUCAGCUUUUACAAGAGGAUAUCAACGCAGUAGUAUUUUAGCAAGCUUACGAAUGCAUGUAGGAUACCAUGAGGAUUGUCAUUGUUUUUUUUUUCAAAUUGAAGAGGAGAUAUUUUUACGAUGUAAGUGACAGUAGAAAUAAGUCCUACAUAUGUUGUUGACCUUCUUUAUUGGUUUAAUAUUCAUUUAGAG